AUGGAUAUUGGCGUGGCACCACUGCAGGUAGAGCCCAAACGUGUCGGACUCGUAGUCUGGGAGGUUGACGACGUCGCCGGUGGAUCGGACCCCGGACCAGAUGACGGCUGGGUAGAAGAAGCUGGAGUAUUUGCAGGCAACAGAGAUGUGGAUGUGGAAGGUGACUAUAUCAAGGUCUUUGUCGACGUGACUUUGGAAGAUUCGCUGCGAAGCCUGCUAAGCCCGGUACAGUUUAUUUUGGUAGGUCGAAUUGCCGUUCAACCGAAACACAGGCAAAGAUGCCCUCAGACGUAA